AGUUUGCAUUUCUGUUCUGCCAACGACUCACAGUGAUCUCCUAAUCUACGUCAUUUGCCCAACGAUCCGUGAUAGUGCCUUGUUCGUCGUUUGUCAAACUGUGCAAGCUGACUGCCGGCGUCAUGGAGACCACGAGGAAGAGCCAAGUUUUCAAAUCAUUCAUCGUCGUCUGGAUGCUGGCGGCACUUUCGACAAUGUCACGGGCGGCGAGCGCCGAGAACGCCGAGCUCGAGUCGGCGGCCGAGGAGUCGUCGAUGGAGGACGCCACGGAGGACUACUGGGCUAGCAGCGGCACGGGCCCGGACGACGACGACGCGGCGGCGGCGGCGGCGGCGGCUCGCAACGACACCAAGGAGGCCCUCGCGCACGAGGCCAGUGACCACGAGGCGGUGGUGUACGUGGGCGAGAACGGCGGAGGCGGCGCGGCCUACGUGCCGGUGCCCUCGCUCAAGAGCCGGCCGCUCAGCAGCCCGAACCUGCAGGCGCUGCAGACGCUGCAAGGACUGCAGGCGCUGUCCGGCGGCUCGGCGUCGCCCGCCGCCACGGGCACCGGCCUCGCCACCGAGGAGGACUGGCGGCGGCACCCCGAGUCCUGGGACCGCGAGCACCGCCGCUACAGGCCCAACACCACCAGGGUGCAGCAUAUCGAAGCCGAGUGCCAAGAUGACUAUAUGAAAAUCCGCAUCGGCUUUAAUGGAUCCUUCAACGGCUUGCUGUACUCGGCGGGUUACUCCUACGAUCCCGACUGCAUGUACGUUAACGGCACGGGACGGGACUAUUAUGAAUUCUUUAUUCAGCUGAACCGAUGCGGCACUCUCGGUGAGAACACGCAUCAUCAGGACAGUAGGAAGAAUCCCACGAAAAACCUCAUGUGGAACACGGUGACUGUGCAAUACAACCCUCUGAUCGAAGAAGAAUUUGACGAGCACUUCAAAGUGACCUGCGAAUACGGCUACGACUUUUGGAAAACCGUCACAUUUCCCUUUCUUGACGUCGAAGUUGCGACCGGCAAUCCCGUAGUGUUUACGCUGCAGCCACCCGAGUGCUACAUGGAGAUAAGGUACGGCUACGGGACGACCGGUACAAGAGUAACCGGUCCAGUUCGAGUUGGAGAUCCAUUGACGCUAAUUAUUUACAUGCGCAGUAAAUACGACGGCUUCGACAUCGUCGUUAACGACUGCUACGCGCACAACGGCGGCAACAAACGCAUCCAGCUGAUCGACGGCUACGGCUGCCCGGUGGACGACAAAUUGAUCAGCCGCUUCCGAGGCUCCUGGUCGGACGAGAACCUCUACGAGACCCAGGUGUUCGCCUACAUGAAGACCUUCAGGUUCACCGGCUCGCCGGCACUCUACAUCGAGUGCGACGUCCGGAUGUGCCAUGGCCGCUGCCCGAGUCAACCGUGUCACUGGAGGAACGCCAAGUCCGUGGCAAAGAGAUCCGUGGACGCGAUCGAAGGCCCAUCAACGCCAGCAACGGCUUUAUCGGAAAACGUGAAUCUCUUCCAAUCUCUUCGAGUCUUACAAGAGGGUGAAGCUGAUACGGAACUCUUCCAGAAUAUUACGACGCCAUCACGCAGCAGUCUCAAUGACGCCACCUCGGACCGAGUGUGUCUGCGAGCGACUGUCGUCAGUACGAUUGUCGGCCUGGGCUGCGGUAUUCUCUGCAUAAUGGCGGGCACAAUGCUAGCCAUGUGCUCUAGGAUGCGACGAGUUGCACGUGAAAAGCUGCUCUCCGAUAGCAUCAGCUACAUGACUCAUAAAGGACGCAUCAAUUAGGACGACGUUGAAGAACCGUGCGACGAGCGAGGGUUCCUUGCCCCUCAACUUUUUCAUCAUCGCCAUUUCUACGUCAUCGGAACAUAGAACUGUUACGUCGACUUUCUUCAAUCGUACUCUCUAUCGCCCGUUCUCGUAUUUAUGUAGUUUUGCGCCAAACUUAGCGAGAAUUACAGGGAAACCCUAUAGCAAAAAUACUUAUUUCUAACGCACGACAAAUAUCAACUCGAUACAGGCCAUUUUCUUUAAAAACAAGCGCUAUAUCUCAUUGGAUAUACGUUCAAAUGUUCAAGUCAAACGAAAAACGCGAGCCUUGCCGUUUCAUUGCCUCAGCGAUCGUUACAAAUCAAUCUCAUAUUUGUAAAUAAUUUGGCCCCUCAAAUUACGUCAUCUUCGAAUAUCUAAACGCAAGUAUUAUUAAUCAACGCAUGGCACAAAACAUAUUAGAUUUGCAUAUAAAAGUAGAGAAUAAGUUAGUUACUGAGAGAUAACUUUCAGUCAAAUAAAUUAUUUUUUAAGCUUUACGUACAUACGUUUCGACCGGUUAUGACCUAAUUCGCCAAUCGCGGUACACCGCUCUGUCACAGUGGCUCAUAACUAAUUCCAUUUGUAAAAAAUUGCUAUGUACAUAGUAAUCUCCGAGGCUGUUUAAAACUAGAAAUAUGCAGCGACUAACUUCUUACGAGAAACUAACAAGUUUUGCUUUGCAAUUACGAUGAUUAUUUUAUUUCUACAAAUCGAUAAUCGGAUUCCUAUCUACGAAACUCAAGUAAAUUAGAGGAAAAAAGAGCAUAAUAAAGUAAAUUUUAUUGCCAGAGCAAAAACUUAUCGGAAUGUUGAAUCCGUUAAAUUUGAAGCAUCUACAUUUCAAAUGGAAUAUUAAUAAUAAUAUUUAAAUAUGGAACACGUAAAAAACUAUUAAUAUUGAGUGAGGUUUGGUACAUUUUAUUAACCACAGAUCUACUGAAACAUUUUCAUGAAUUUUCGAUCUAUCUUGAAAUAAUUAAGAAUUCAUUGGUUAAUGUCAAAUGAUAAAUGCCAAUUGAAUCUUUAUUUAUCGACUAGUAUCGAUUGUUGUAAUAUUUUUCUCUAAAUUGUAUGAUUUAUUGAUACAUCUAUUGUACUAGAAUACUAUAGAUUUUCAUCUUCGCCAUAGCCAGAUUCAUUAAUCCAAUAAAUACCACGAAAACAAAACAAAGAACAAAUAAAAAAGCUAUUGCAUUAAAUGUGCUAAUCAACGCUAGUGAAUCAAAGAAUACAUGUUAAAGUUUCCAAAUAUAUUGAGUAAUUAUGUAACUUAUUAAUAUGAAUGAGUUCAUAAAAAUUUUGUACUUGAGGUGCAAUUUUGGAAACACCGAGGUGCACAAUCUGUGAGUGAACCUUAUAUUCUUAUAAAUUUAUUCCAUCGCUUAGUGAAUUUGCAAGUUAAUCACAGUCCGGAAACCCUUAAAAAUUCGACUUUAGAAAAAAAAUGAAAUUAAAAAUACAUUUUUCAAAUUACAUUAUCUCUUAAUUAGUAGUUGUUUCGAAAAAUUUGAUGAGAAUUAUCGAAAAAACAUACCUUAAAUUAUAAAAAUAUAUAUUCCUCACGAUUUCUUUAGCCGCGGGUAGAAGUAGUUAUGAGGUGUCAAAGAACGGUGUAUCGCCAAUUGGCUUUUUGUGCCGAAACGGGUUAAUACGUAUUAUCUAAAAAAUACAUUAGACUGUGCAAUACGAAUUAAAUUUAUCAAAAAUUAAUUUAUAACAUAUUUUUAGAUUAUAUGUUAAUGAUAAUCAACAAAUGCGCGCAAUGUAUGUGUGCAUAAAUACACACUGACUAUACUAUUUAGACUGAGAAGAAUUGCCUGUUAAUAUUCGAUUAUUAACGGAAAUAAGCACUAUAUAAAUUAGACACUGAUUUAAAAAAAUAAUGCUUGUAGCCAACUUAAAAAAUGAGGUAAUAUAAUAUUACUAAUAUUAAAAAUCCAAAAAGUAUAUAGUAAUUUAUUUUCCAUAAAAAUUAAGCAGGCAAUUUUUCAAGGGAAUUGCAACACUUAACGAUGCAUUGUAAGUGCUAUAUUUAAAGUUGCAGUGCCUUAUUUUUUAAAUUAUACUAUGAAUAUUUGUAGAAUAAUGUCGUAGCACUUGCCUUAAGAAUUAUCAUUAUCAUUAAUUAUUGGUAUUAUUCAGCAUCUUCAGGAGCGCCACUUGUUUUAUAUUUAUCCUCGUUUCGAAAUUUAAUUGGAAAUAUUCUUGUUCAGCCAUGGAUAGAACAGUCAAUUUUCAAAUAUUGCGGAUGGAAGACAUUCAUAUAAUUAGAAAAUAUGUAGAUUAUAUACUCGCAUUCUUACAAAAAAUUGUUAGACUCAUAAGAAUUGUCCAAAUGUAAGCACCAAAAUGAGACUUAGAACGAAUUUUUGGCAUGUUAAUAUUUCAAAACAGAAUUGUAAAUGUCUUAUUUGAUUGAAACAAUUGAAUCAGAACCAUAUACAUCAUUUUUAUUUUCUUUGUAACAAUUAAUUGUCGCAUAUUUUCGAAUAAAAAUUUUGUAAGAAGUGAUUAGACAAAUGAUUUUUGUUUGUCACAAAUUAAUAAAAUUACGAUUUUUAUCGCGCAAAGGCUAUAAUCUUUCUGUCAAGGCAUCAUAUUAUUCGUGAGAUACUCUUGUGCGGUGCUUCUGAACGUCCGUGAAUAAUAAUAAACUACUAUAAAUAAUUUCAAUCGUUAAGAUAGGUUACAAAUUCAUGUAUAACAAAUUAACAAUUAACCAAUAGAAUCUAUUUUUCAUUUACAUACUAAAAUUAAAAUUAUAGGUACGGUCAGUGAGGAUUAAGUAAUAUUUAUAGUGCGAUCAAUCAUUGAUUAAUACAGUAUUAAAAUUCCAUUUAAAAUGUUUAUAAAGGUUUCAAUGAAAUUUUGAAAAAAGCAUUAAAAUGUUGAAAAAAAUACCAAUUUCCUAAAAUACAAUAUUCUACGCACGUAGUAUUAAUUUCCCCUCCUGAUCGUGCGUCAAUUUCACUUAUUCUUAAGAUUUCGAUAGAGUAUAAGAAACUUGGGUCACGAUAUAUUAAUAUCCUGAUAUUGGAUAAAACAUGUGUAAAUAAAAUGUAUGAUGAUUAGCGAUAGU